AUGGCCGUCUCAAUAUUUCAGCGAUUUGUAAUGCCGUCCAUACGGUCAACCACAUCAACCCCUACCUCUCGCCCCACCGCACAAUCCGUCACCAAUCAUCUCAAAUCAAUCACAAUCUCCUCUUCGCGGGCAUUCUCCUCCUCCCCCUCUCAAUCCGCAACAUACAAUCAAGUUCGCCAUGGAUGUCGUACUGCACAAGCUGCGCGUAAAUCCGUCUCCCCUGCGCUUUCCACGGUUCGGGCUCCAGCGCUCAAGGGUGUAGCAUUGAAAGUCGGAAUCACCAAACCAAAGAAACCUAACUCGGCAGAACGGAAAACGGCAAGAGUUAGAUUGAGUACGGGGAGAGUGGUUACGUGUUAUAUUCCGGGGGAGGGACAUAAUGUGCAACAGCAUAGUGUGGUGCUUGUUAGAGGGGGGAGGAGUCAAGAUUGUCCGGGUGUGAGAUAUCAUUUGGUUAGAGGGGCGGGAGAUUUGGGAGGAGUAGGAAAUAGAGCAACGUCAAGAUCGAAAUACGGAACGAAGAAACCAAAGAAGACGACUGCAUAA